AUGGCCUUCACAGACCUGCUGGAUGCCCUGGGUGGCGUGGGGCGCUUCCAGCUGGUCUCCACGGCCCUGCUGCUGCUGCCCUGCAGCCUGCUGGCCUGUCACAACUUCCUGCAGAACUUCACGGCCGCCGUGCCCCCCCACCACUGCCAAAGCCCUGCCAACCGCACUGCGGCCGCCGUCUACGGCUCGGAGGCCUGGCUGAGGGCCACCGUACCCCUGGACCCGCUCGGGGUCCCCGAGCCAUGCCGGCGCUUCACACAGCCUCAGUGGGCCCUCCUGAGCCCCAACGCCUCUGUCCACGGGGCAGCCACGGAGGGCUGCAAGGACGGCUGGGUCUACAACCGCAGUGUCUUCCCGUCCACCAUCGUGACGGAGUGGGACCUGGUGUGCGAGGCCCGCACCCUCCGUGACCUGGCUCAGUCCAUCUACAUGGCCGGGGUGCUGGCAGGCGCCGCUGUGUUUGGCAGCCUUGCAGACAGGCUGGGCCGCAAGGCCCCCCUGGUCUGGUCAUACCUGCAGCUGGCAGUUUCGGGGGCGGCCACGGCGUACUUUGGCUCCUUCGGCGCCUACUGCUUCUGCCGGUUCCUGAUGGGCAUGACUUUCUCCGGCAUCAUCCUAAACUCGCUCUCUCUGGUCGUGGAGUGGAUGCCCACCCGGGGCCGGACCAUGGCGGGGAUCUUGCUGGGGUACUCGUUCACCUCGGGUCAGCUCAUCCUGGCGGGCGUGGCGUACCUGAUCCGCCCUUGGCGGUGGCUGCAGUUUGCCGUCUCUAUCCCCUUCCUCGUCUUUUUCUUCUACUCUUGGUGGCUGCCAGAGUCAUCUCGAUGGCUCCUCCUUCAUGGCAAGUCCCAGGUAGCUCUGAAGAACCUGCGGAAGGUGGCUGCGAUGAACGGGAGAAAGGAGGAAGGGGAAAGGCUGACCAAGGAGGUGGUGAGCUCCUACAUCCAGAGUGAGUUUGCAACUGGUCGCCCCUCCAGCUCAGUCUUGGACCUCUUCCGAACCCCAGCCAUCCGUAAAGUCACGUGCUGUCUCAUGGUGGUCUGGUUCUCCAACUCCCUGGCUUACUACGGCCUGGCCAUGGACCUGCAGAAGUUUGGGCUCAGCAUGUACCUGGUACAGGUGCUAUUCGGCAUCAUAGACAUCCCAGCCAUGCUGGUGGCCACCACCACCAUGAUUUACGUGGGCCGCCGGGCCACAGUGGCCUCCUUCCUCAUCCUGGCCGGGCUCAUGGUGAUCUCGAACAUGUUUGUGCCAGAAGAUAUGCAGAGCCUGCGCACGGCCCAGGCGGCACUGGGCAAAGGCUGCCUGGCCAGCUCCUUCAUCUGCGUGUACCUGUUCACGGGAGAGCUGUACCCUACGGAGAUCAGGCAGAUGGGGAUGGGCUUCGCCUCGGUCAACGCCCGGCUCGGGGGCCUGGCGGCGCCGCUACUCACCAUGCUCGGGGAGUUCAGCGCCGUCCUGCCGCCCGUGGGUUUCGGGGCCCCCUCGAUCCUGGCCGGGCUGGCCGUCUGCUUCCUGGCUGAGACCCGCGACGUGCCCCUGGUGGAGACCAUCGAGGCGAUGGAGAGGAGAGUCAAGGAACGCCUGUCCAGGAAGGAUGCAGAAGAGAAGGGUGAAGAAGUUUCUCUUCAGCAGCUGGGAGCCUCGCCCCUCAAGGAAACCAUCUAAGCUGCCAGCAGCCUGGCACUUGCUGGCAGCGCCCCAGCCAGUGUCCAGUUUCCUCCCGUUUCUCCAGGCGCUGAUGGGGGCAAGACUGGCUGAGGACGAGGGCCACUCUGCAGACCCAUGAGAGAGAGCUACCCUGACUGCAAGGCUGAGGCUGCCGGAGAAAACCGGUCAGCAGCAGCCCGGUGGCUUUGUGAAUGUGGAGAAAAGAGAAACGGUGCCCAGGGAUCAAAGAAGGCACGGUCUUCCUUUCCAGUCCCUGAAUCUGCCCCUUAAAAACCUCUCUGUUCAUCCUUGUCCCACAUGGAAAUGCCAUGUCUUUGUAGGGUUAAGGUGAUAUUUCUGCCCCCCCACCCCCACCCCGGUUGUCCCUGGAGCAGCCCCUGCCUGCUGGGUUCCAGAAACUUCAGGACUCAUUUGGCAUUAACUCUUUCCUGCCUCAUAUGAUUAAAGCGCU